CUGACUGUUAUUUAGAAGCUCCUCUCCGCUAUUCUCCCGUCGGUCUGAACUGGUGAUAGCGGCUCCAGUGCGAUCCGCCAUGGCCGCGCUGUCAGGAGGAGAGAUGUGCAUCAAAUACCUGAUGUUUGCCUUCAACCUGGUCUUCUGGCUUGCAGGCACUGCUGUGUUUGCUAUAGGCCUGUGGCUCAAGUUAGACCAGAAGACCAAAAGCCUGUUUGAAGGAUCAGACUCUCCAUUUGUGUUUUACACAGGUGUAUAUAUCCUGAUUGGAGCCGGAGCACUAAUGAUGGUGGUGGGUUUUCUGGGAUGUUGUGGGGCCAUCCAGGAGUCGCCCUGUAUGCUGGGACUGUUCUUCUUCUUCCUGCUUAUCAUAUUUGCGGUUGAGGUAGCAGCUGGAAUCUGGGGAUUUUCCAACCAAAGCAAGGUGGUGGGUGACAUCACAGCGUUCUACAGGCAGACGUACAGCAACUACAGGUCAACAAGAGAUGAGCGACUAAAAGAGACACUGCGGGUGAUUCAAGCCGAGCUGAACUGUUGUGGUCCAAAUGGUGGGGUCGAAGAACCUGAAAAAGACAUUUGUCCCCGGGGAGAACCACUUGAGGAGCUCAUUAUUAAGAGCUGCCCUGAUGCCAUUGAUGAGGUGUUUGACUCCAAGUUGCACAUCAUAGGAGGAGUUGGCAUCGGCAUUGGCGUUGUUAUGGUGUUUGGGAUGAUCUUUAGCAUGCUCCUGUGCUGCGCCAUCAGGAAGUCUCGGGAGGUGGUGUGACACCCACCUAAAGUCCUUGUUAAUGUUGCAUGAUGUCAUUCCUGGAGUCGCAUGACUCUCCACUGCCAAUAGAAACACUGCUUGUUCAAAGGGGGAUAACCUAAGCUAAGCUGGGUGCAGAUAUUUCUGAUUUCAAACUACAUCAGUUCUAACUGUGCUGCUGACACUUGGGCCCACCUUCCUGGACUAGAUAGAUGCAAUGUGGUUGUUAGGCCCAACUAUAGAAUGGGUGUCAUCUGUGCUUCAGUGGCAGUGUAGUACAGAAAUGUGUAAUUUUGUGGCAAUUUGACUAAAAUUAGUGUUUGUGAACUGCUAAUUAUCUAAACAAAGGAUCAUACUAUUGUAUACUGAUCACAUUUCUAUUGCUAUCACUUGGGGUCACCUACUGGCAAGAACAGUCACAGUCCAGGGCCAAAAGAAAAAGGCAAACACCACCACUUCAGCACAAAACAGCAGUAGCCAACGAAUACAACUCCUUUUUCUUACAACACUGAAGUAAAAUCAUGGUGACUAGUAGCCAACUGAAUGCCGAGCUGUAAACUAUGAUGACUGUGGUUUUACCCAGCUUGGUAUUAGAGUAGCAUUUAGGUUCCUUUGUCAUAAUGUUGUUUCAUUUCUUCCUUUACUUUCUUUAACCACCUCCUAAUUUGCCCAUGUUCGAAACGCCUUUUGAUUUUGUUGUCAUAUUUUGUAAAUGUCUUCUUUUUUUAUUCAGUAAGAUUUCUAAUGUUAGCUGUUUAUAUGGUACACGCAGUUUGAUGAUGUAUUUUAUAAUGUCCUGUUCAUUUUACAGAGAUUGGGUUGAUUUACACCAUAUGCACUAUGUUUCACAGAGACAAAUAUUAUAUGAUGAGCCAAAUAAAGUAAAAUGUACUCGA